AUGGCUACAGUGAAAGUCAUUCAGUCAGUGGAGAAUGACCAAAUGCCCUACCCCAGCCAUGUCACUCUCACCUCCAGCCCUGGCCUUGCUGCUACCCUGGCCCACAGGCAGGAUGACCCUACUGCAGCUACCCCUUCUGCCAGUGCCUCUGUCACUCAGAAGACAGAGAACAAAAGCACCCCCAUAGCUGAGGUCAAGGUGUCAAACGGAGCCCCUGUGGCUAUAGUGGGUCCUAACAGGCAGCUGACCCUCCCAGUGACCAGCGUCACCUUGGACGGAAGCAGCAGCACUGAUGACCACGCCGUCACCAGCUACCAUUGGGACACCAUCAGAGGUCCUCCAGGGUCAAGGACACAGGGUGUGGACAAGCCCAUAGCCAUAGUAACGAGCCUCAGAGCGGGCCGCUAUACAUUUAGUCUGACUGUGAGUGACCAGGAAGGGCUGAAAGACAGUGCCUUGCUCACAGGUUUCAAGAGGCAAAACUGUUCAAAACAAGAUGAGACAUCAUCACCCAGGCUGGUUGAACAUGAUGGUAUUCAUCUACAGCCUGUUGUCCAUCCUCCCUCAGCCAGAAGCCUUCCACCUGUAGCACAUGCCAGCGGCAGCCACACCCGAGCCCUGCCCAACAACUCCCUGGUGCUCAGAGGCUCAGUGACAGAUGGUGACCCAGCCACGGUGGACUUCCUCUGGGUCCGGGACAGUCAGAGCCCUGCUGCUGGGGACGUGCUGUAUGGUUCAGAGCAGCAGGCCUCCCUGUACCUGGCCAACUUGGUGGAGGGGACCUAUCUGUUCCAGCUGCGUGUCACAGACACCCAGGGACGCAGCAGCUCCGCCACAGCCACCAUGGAAGUGCGGCCAGACUCUGGUGGUCGUGAGGAGGUGGAGGUGGAGAUGUUGGUAGCGAUGGCCCAGGUGAGUGUGUCACAGAAGGACACCGUGCUCAGACAGUUGGCCGCACUGCUCCACGUCCUGGACAAUGGCAUCCACCUAAGGGGCCUAUGGGGACACUCAGAUAUCAGGUAUUGCCCAAUGCAGAAAAUGCAUACAAAGCACCCAGAACCUCAUUCGCCGGUUCUUUGGCGAUGGAGAGAGCAACUGUGGAGGAGGCGCACUAAGGUCGGGAAGAAAACCAAGUACACUAUACUGGACAACAUGGACGAACAGGAGAAAAUGGAGCUGAGGCCCAAAUACAACAUCAAACACAGGGGCACGGAGCACAACUCCAGCCUCAUGAUGUCUGAGUCAGAGCUGGACAGUGACCAGGACACCGUCUUCAGUCGAGACCGACCGGUCCGGAGCAGAAACCGGACCAAUGCUCAGGCUCCCCCCAAGGGAACACCUACGGAUGAGCAGGAACGCACAGAACUGGGGUGGUUAUUGUACAACAUGAGUGAAACCCACUCUUGGGAUUAUGGCCGGGGUGCACAGCUCGAGUGCCAUAGUGUCUGCUUGUUUUUGGUCUCGUCUUCUAUUCAAAUACUGGUUUCGACCAGAUGUGUACUUUCUAUGACAUUCAUUGGACAACUCAGCACCAGGGAGAUGUGAAAAUCCAAGGGCUGUAGGAUAGUAGAGUUGGGCAUCCCUGGAUUCUGGGAACUAACAGUAGCAUUAACUUUACAUGCAUACACUGUUUGAAUAAUUUGACACUAAGGAUGAAGGUGCUCUUUGUGAGGAGGUUCUGUGGCCUCACAUACUUCUACAGAUAACCAGAUUGGUGAAUGUACAUACAACUAUCCAUUAUGCAUACUAGUCUACCGACUACUACUGACCUUUAACUUUGCCUUGUUAUCCAAUGUUGUUUUACUGUCAUUAUUUUGUAGGAAAUGGAGACAAGCCCAACCCUGGUUGUGAGCAUCUGACGCCUCUCCUGUAAAUGUUUUGACAAAUUGGAUUUGUCAAAAUGGCUAGAUGGAAAAGUCUAAACUCUUAUGUUUAGUACCCAAAGUCCAUCUUGUGAUGCUACUCGUGAAUCAUUUAAUCAGAAUCAAACUCAAUUUAUCUGUGAUCUCUAUGAGUGUCUUGGACUUUGACACAAAACAUUACAGAAUUAUAUUGUAUUUGAACUACUGUUUUGAGUUAGCAAACUAGUUGUAUAGUUUUGGUAUCUUUCUCAUUUUAAAGCUUCUUUAUGCUAAAUAAGCAUAAUGGGUCUUAUAAAUGGGCCCGAAGAAACAUAACCAGGCAUUUCAUGGGACAAGCCAUAAAGGUGCCAAAAUGCACUAUAAGCCUGUGGCUAACAGAGACCCUAGUAUAUCCAAGUACUUGGUAAUGCAUCCAUUCUUCCUUCCCUUGGCAAGAUCUAUUAUCUAACUUGAACAUGGUGGGUAACAUGCUUUCAAUCAUUAAUUCCUUUGCGUACUGAUGGAUUUUCCCCCCUCUCAUUCACUGUCAGAGAAUGUCUGAUUACAGGAGUAUAGUGCUAAAUAAUUAGGACACACAGUUUAAGGAUUAAGAAGAGGACAGAUGGAAUUGAUAAUUAACAUUACUAUGGAGGACAGGUAGCCAUUGAUGGAGUGGAUGAAAUACUUGACAUUAAAGCAACAUAAGCAUGUCCAAUGGUUGCUUUACAUUUUUCUUCCCGUAAGGGACUGGGGAGAUAUUUCCCCAAUAUGGACAGAAACACUAACAGCCAUGUUAUAUUCAUGGCUUUUUCCCAUUACACCACCCAAUUUUUGGUAUUUGCUGUUUACUUAACUAAUUACAGCUACCAAUGUUUUUACAGAAAAUUAAAUGCAUCAAAUCAAUGAACAGUGUUCUGAAUUCUGUGUCAUUUUCUUUCCUGUCCAAAAUUAGUAGUAAGAUGUAAGGCAGUUUCUACCAACCCUGGUCCUCCAGUACCCUGGACAGCACAAAUUGUUAUUCCAACGCUGGACAAGCAU